GAGGAGAGCGAGAAGGAAUCAGUGUCACAGAGAGAUAGGAAUCUGUUUCAGAGUGAAGACGUUUUUAACCUGGAGACUGGACGACGGGACAAAAGGGAUUUUUUUGAGUCUUUUUCCAACAUUUUAGCACCUUGGAGCUGGGUGCUUUGAGAGAUUUGGCUUGGAGCUAUGUGAAGUGAGAGAAGUCAGGAGUAAGGGGGAGAGAGGGGAUAAAAGUACUGGCUUUGAAAGAAAAGGAGCCAUGCAAGUGGAUGCUGUCUUCUGCAGGAUCAGGUUUCACAAAAUGAAAACGCACACUGAGAGCAUUUCACCAGGGCUCAACCAGCUCAGAAAGGAUGCCAGCUGCUAGCACCAUGACCGGUGGGAGGGCCCUGCUGCUCUGUACAAACACUGACAACUGUAUGAACCAAUCAGCAAAUGUCUCCCCUACUGGUGACUGCCGGGGCCAGGUGUUCUUUAUUAUAAUCAGGAGCAGGUUACCUCAUCCUGCUACAUUAAACACACCAGGUUUGAAUCUGCUGGUGAUUAACAGGCUGCUGCAGAGACUGAUGAGCUGCUGAACAGGUGAUUCAUCCGGGAAUCAGGUGUGUUGGAGCAGGCUCCACUGCUGUGGUUUGAAGGUUGGGGAGUGUCCUUCACCUGUGGCGUCCCAACCGUUGGUGUGUGGGUCACCUGGGGAUAACGACAAAAGGAGCUCUGUAGAGACUCCCGAGCAUCUCCUUUCACCCCUACUCAGCCUCAGCAACAGCCCAGGUCUUCCUGACACCAUGCUGGCUCAAAGGAGAACCACAACAAUCAGUGACCAGCAAAGUCCCAACAUGGAGAAUGGGCUGAGCCAUGACAAGAACUCAGGAGCCAAGACUGCUAGCAUUCGUGAUAAGAUCUCACAAUGGGAGGGCAAAAAGGAGCCUGGGACAAGUCCACUUAGUGCGACACAGAAAGAGGUGGAAACGGUGAGGAAAAAGGAGUCGAAAACAUCAGAGCUCCAAAAGGCAGACAGCAGGAGGCUUGUCAGCUGGGAGAGACAGGACUCAGGGAAAGAGAAUGUUGGAAAAUUAGGGGAUUUGAGCUCUAAAUCAUCAGAAGGUCCAACAAACAAAGCCAAGGAGGUCAUAACUGAAAGGAGGUGUUGUACCUCCAAAGGAACAGAACCUCAAGACAAGAAAACAGUUUUGAUUCAUGUUAAGAAACUCGAGAGGGCGACAAAGGAAGUACCUGACAGACCCUCACUGGCAUUCCCUGGGAAUUUCUUCUGUCCUCCUUCAAAAGAGGAGCUGGAAGAAACAGAAAAGAAAGCUCAUGAGCCGAUUUUUGGGACUUUCGACAAGGCUCGACCUGCUAGGGUGCAGAGGAAAAGGCAGGGUGAUUCAGAGAACGUGUACUGUGAGCCAGGAGCUCCCUCUAUAAACCCUCUACCCAAACCUCAAAGAACGUUCCAGCAUGCAACACCACCCACUUCAUCAUCCGCAGGGCCUUACUUUGGGAAGGCGAAAAGGAACCUGCCUCCUCUGCCCUCCAUUCCUCCUCCACCUUUACCAACGUGCCCUCCCCCUGGAGUCUGCAGAAGACCUUGGAGUGACAAACCCCGGGACAGCCAUAACAGGAAGUCCCAUGAAUUUGAAGAUCUGCUACAGUCGUCAACAGAAAGCAGCCGGGUGGACUGGUAUGCUCAGUCCAGACUGGGCCUAACACGCACUUUAUCAGAAGAGAACGUCUAUGAGGAUAUUUUAGAUCCGUCAUCCAAGGAGAAUCCUUAUGAAGACAUUGAGCUGGAGCAAAGCUAUUUGGGAAGCAAGGGUGUCUCACCUGUUUCUUCCUCAUCUAUUCCUGAUAUGCCAACAAAGAUUAUCUCCAGGCCGGGCUUUCUGAGACAAAGCUCAGAGCGGCGGAGCUUUAAAGUCCCAGAGCUACGAAAGACUACCCGAGACACUGGCAUCUCCUCCCCCUCCCGUAUCAGCCCGCCCUCAACACCCAGCAGCCCUGACGACACCCCAAGUCUUUCCGGAGACCCCUAUAACCGCAGGCGGAGGAAGAUCCCCAAGGUGGUGCUUAAAAUCAAUGGCAUCUUCGAGGCACGCAGAGGAAAGAAACACACGAAGAAGGUUUCUCAGUCUGCUGAGUCCAGUUCAGGAAGAGAUGAGAACAGCGAGUCAGAAAGUGACACAGAAGAGAAACUAAAAGCUCACAGCCAGCGGCUGGUAUCGGUCCAGUCCAUGCUCAGACAGACUGAGAGGUACUGGACCCUGGAGAGGGAUCUGAUGGAGUUACAGGAGAGGAAACUCUUUGAGUAUUUUAUAGUUGUUGCACUGCACAAGACCAAAGCUGGAGUCCCUUACUUGCCAGAAGUCACUCAGCAGUUUCCUCUUAAGCUGGAGAGGAGUUUUAAGUUCAUGCGGGAGACCGAGGACCAGCUGAAAGUUAUCCCUCAGUUCUGUUUCCCUGACGCCAGAGACUGGGCUCCUGUCGACAACUUCCCCAGUGAGACGUUUUCGUUUGUGUUGACGGGCGAAGAUGGAAGCAGACGGUUUGGUUACUGUCGUCGUUUACUGCUCAGUGGUAAAGGUAGAAGACUCCCUGAGGUCUACUGCAUUGUCAGCCGCCUGGGAUGCUUCGACCUCUUCUCAAAGAUACUGGAUGAAGUGGAGAAGAGGAGAGCUAUCUCUCCGGCUCUUGUGCAGCCAUUUAUGAGAGGCAUCAUGGAGGCUCCAUUCCCUGCUCCAGGAAGGACCAUCACUGUCAAGAACUUCCUACCUGGCUCCGGGACAGAGGUGAUUGAGCUGUGUCGACCAUCAGAUUCUCGUCUCGAACACGUAGACUUUGAGUGUUUAUUCUCUUCGUUAAACCUCCGUCUGCUCCUGCGGGUUUUUGCCUCUCUGCUUCUGGAGCGCAGGGUCAUAUUCACCGCGGACAAGCUCAGCACGUUGUCUCAGUGUUGCCAUGCAGUCGUGGCUCUGCUGUAUCCCUUCACCUGGCAGCACACGUACAUCCCCGUCCUCCCUCCCUCCAUGCUGGACAUCGUCUGCACACCAACUCCAUUUAUAGUGGGCCUCCUGUCCAGCUCUUUACCUCGACUCAAAGAGCUGCCCAUAGAAGAAGUCCUGGUGGUGGACCUCGGCAGCAACCGCUUCCUACGUCAGCUGGAUGAUGAAGACUCCAUUCUUCCUCACAAGCUGCAGGCAGCUCUUGAGCAGGUGCUGGAGAAGAGGAGGGAGCUGGCCUGUGAGAAAGGAGACCUGCCCAAUGAUUCCAGCUCCUUGAGCACCGUAGUUUCGGAGGCAUUUGUGCGUUUCUUUGUGGAGAUGGUGGGUCACUACUCUCUGUUCAUGGUAGGAGCGGACCGGGAUGACGAGUCCCUCUCCUCACCCACCUUACCAAGCCCUUCCACCUCUUCCACGUCCUCAUCCUUUCAGCGGGAGGCCUUUCGUAAAGCCGUCACUUCCAAAAGCUUGAAGAGGUUUCUGGAGGUGUUCAUGGAGACGCAGAUGUUUACCAGCUUCAUCCAAGAGAGAGGGCAGCGCCGACAAGGCCUCAAGGGUCUGUUUGAGGUGAGAGCACAAGAGUAUCUGGACUCGCUUCCUGGGAGCGAGCACAGAGGUGUUAACAAGUUCCUCAAAGGCCUCGGAAACAAAAUGAAGUUUCUUUCCAAAAAAUAAGAUGGAAAGCUGUGAAAUCAGGACAAAGAUCAUGAACUCCGAGCACGUGGAGCAUGUCUAGAUGGAGAUCUGUCAUCUCCAAGAAAGACUUUUGAAAUGAACUGGAUUCAUAGUUUGGAAAACUAGGGAAUCUUGGGGUUUCCCUCCCAGCAUGAGUGUUGCAAAGACCAACUCAUCACAGGAAAUAUUGCAGAGACUCUGUUCCUACAGUGUAUCACUGUAAAGCUCAUCACAGUGUAAAUAUUUCUGCAGCCGCGGUCUCAGUCGCCUGUAAAUCAGCACGAAGGAGAGAAAAUCCAGCCUUUAUGUUUCAUUCCAUUUAUUUUCCUAAGAAGCUUUUAUAAAUGCAGCAGUACAACUUCUCUGGUCAUGGGAGGCUUUUAAGUUAAUUUAUAUUACAUUUUAGACAAACUUUAUCUCUUAUUUUUUAAAUUCUAUACAAUGAUUUUAUUCAGAUGUUUUAAAAGAACUUCCUGUAGUUAUUAUUAGACUUUAUUAUAGAGAUUAGUGCAGUGAACUUGGGUUACUGGGUUUUUGUACCACUAUUGUAAACAACUGUACAUUUUAUUACAAUGAGUCUUGGGAUUUAUAAGGAAAUCAAUGUGAAAUGUAUUCCCACUAGUGUCCAGAGAUGAUAUGUGCGUAAAACGGAGGAAUUAUGUGCAUCUUAGAUCAGUCAGCCCUGUGAUGUUAUAAAAACAGCUUAGGAUGUUUUACACUUGGCAAAAAAAACUAUGAAAUGUCAUAAAUAAAAUGAUUUGAAUUAGAAAAAUUA